CCUACAUACAGAAAGGACGCCAGCCCUAGGACUACCCCCGAGAAGGGUUCCAGGCCGUUUCCUGAGCCGAGAGCUGGUGGCACAGGGAGCCGCCAUCUCCUGUUUUCACCGCCAUGCCAGCACAUCCAACACCCGAAACCUGGAAUGUGGUCCAAACCAGAACAGCUAGACUCUCUCAGACGCUGGAGCAGCAAGCCCAGCAUCUCAAAAAUCAGAGUGGCUGUUGUUGAAACCAAGCAGGGAGACGGGGGAUGUCCAAGAGGUUCGGAGGAUGAGGAGUCAACCGAGAAGAGGAAAUGCAAGUUCAAUGUCGGGCUCCGCAAUAGCUGUUUACCAGGAGAUCUGGUUUCAGAACAAAUGAAGUUCAUAUCCCAAGGGACCAAGCCCAGCCCAUCCCUGCCUUCUGGGGAGUUUCGGGAUGUUCCUGGAACCUCCUGUUUGCACAGUAGGACUGUACCCAGGGCACAGAGCCAUCUUCAGACCAUGACAUUCUCCCCCAGUCCCCAGGGCCUCGGACGUGCCCCUGCUCUCCCUCGGGAGGCAGCCAGGUGUGGAAGCACACGCUGGACUCCAGAGGCUGUCCCCGGUCACUGGGUCUUUGACAGGUCAGUGCAGGCCCAGGAGGAGCCAAGACAGAUCUCUGGCUGUCGGCUGGCGUCGAGGGGACACUAUCCCCACGGCCUGAGAGGAGCCCCUGCAGCCUGCGGCGGGCGCGGCGGCCCCAGGUCCGGGCUGGGACUGGGGCAGAACCCAACCUCAAAGGGCGGAAGCAGCUCCACACCCCCUGCCGGGUCCCCACUCCCCCAUGCAAAGGAAACGUGACCCUGGGCAGUGGACAUGCGUGCCCCAGAUUAAAUGCCAGAGAACAGGCGCCCUUGGGUGGGGGCUCCGGGAAGGCAGGACCAAAACUGUAACGUUUCACAAUGUAGUGCGGGAACUAUGGUUUCUCAGGGCCACUGGCUCUUGCUCGUGAGUCCCCCGCACAUUCGUAAUAUGAGAUGGGGGGAUGCGGGGUCCCCUGAAGUAUUUGCUUCCUCCACCAGCCUCAGUUGAACACGGGGCCUCAGACUUGUUCUUUUUGUAUUCUCACUGCUGUGUGUUCUGUCUGCACUGUUCACUGAAUGUCAUGAUUGGGGGAUUUUGCCUUCUUAUCAUUCUUUGAGAUGGCAGAGUGUUGGCACUUUGCUUUCAAGAUGUGAAGAAUUCUCAAGGACAUAAUUUUUUAAAGACUUAUGGCCUAAAUGGAAUUACCAACAAACAUUUAAGUAAAGUUAUUUAGAUGAUUUUGUUUACUGUUAUGAAUAUUGGUACCCAAACAGUUCUGCAAAGAGGAGAGCUGUGACGUAACCAAUCUCUGUUCCCCUGCCUGAAUCCCCACCUAAGUGUUUGUG